AUGUCUGCCGUUCGCGCUCUCCGCCCCCUCGUCCGCCAGUCGGCUGCCUUUGCCCAGCGCCGCUUCAACUCCUCCUCCGCGCCCAUCCUCUACUCUGCCACAGCUGUCGCCCAGGGCGCCCGUGGCGGCACCAUUGAGGGCAGCGAGGGCCUCAAGGUCUCGCUCGCUAUGCCCAAGUCGCUCGGCGGACCAGGCGGCGCUAGCAAGACCAACCCCGAAGAGCUCUUUGCCGCCGGCUAUGGCGCCUGCUUCCAGAGCGCCAUGAACUUGGUCGCUGGCGGCAUGGGCAUCCGUAUGCCCCGCAAGACUGAGGACAGUAUCAUUGAAACAACUGUUCACCUUGUUGGUGACUUGAAGAAGGGCGAUCUUGGCAUUAAGGUCGACAUGGUUGUCAAGGUCAAGGGUGUCGAUAAGGCCGAUCUUGAGAAGCUCGUGGAGAAGACCAAGGACGUCUGCCCUUACAGCAGAGCCACCAAGGGCAAUGUUGUGACUGAUGUCAAGGUUAUCAGCCUGUAA